CUGAUUUCUUGGCUUAUUACUCUAUCAAAGUUCAUAAGAUUCUCUCAGACAGUCAUCGCGAUGGAAAACACUGGCAAAUCUCCGAUCUCCACUGACCGUAAGACCAACGAGAAGAACGUCGACUCCUCUCCGUCUGCAAAACCAAACGGGAAGUCCAUUGCUUCCUCUGUGACCAUCGACUCUUCUGCGUCUGUGAAGCCAAACGAGAAGUCCACCGCUUCUUCCGCGAUUGCGAAGAAACUUAACAAGAAGGCUGCCAUUUCAUCUGCCAAUCCGAUGUACCCAACCGCUGUUACCGCUCUCUCCUCCGCGCAUGGCGACCAAGUGAUGUUGUUCAGAGAUAUUUCUCACGGCCCGCGCGAAGCCGAGUUGAUGUUUCGUUUGAUUCACUUCUGGGAGGCUCGCAAUCCAAAUACAAAAGCCUUAAUUGGACAAGAGAUGCUCCUUAUCGACGAAGAGGGUACUGUUAUUCAAGGUUUUGUUCCAGCCAGCCGUGUCGGAACAUUUGAUUUGAUAGCUGGUUCUGUGUUUAAACUGAUCAACUUCUUCGGAUCCAGAAGCAAAGAUCAGUAUCGGGUUGCUGAUCAUGUCGCCACCGUCUCAUUCACUUGGAAUUCUUCUUUGUCCGUGCUUGAGAACCCUCCGGUUCUAAUUCCAGAAGAUAGGUUCAGGUUCCACAGCUACGAGGAGUUUAAGGCCAACUGUGACUCCAAGGGUGAUCUUUAUGAUUACCUUGGUCACAUGAAGCUGGUGAAUGGACAGACUAUCACGGACCAUAUGGUGCUUGACGAAGAUGCCAUAGCAGAGAAGCGGCAUCUAUGUGUUCAUGUUCAGACACAUGAUGAACCGGUGAUGAAGCUUUAUCUGUGGGACAAGGUUGCAGCCGACUUCUGCCAGAAAUUCAAGUCGUAUGGAAGCAUCCCAAGCGUUCUUUUGGUCACCACUGUGAACCCUAAACAUCUUGGAGGAACCCUUGCUAUCACUUCUAUGCCAUCAUCACGUGUGUUUAUGGAUUCCGAUGUUCAGCCUACCAAGGAUUAUCUUGAAUGGUUGAGUUCCAACUUUGAUAUUGCUAAUAGGAUUUCUGCUGAGGUUGUUACUAAGCCUGAGACAGUGACUCUUGAAGAGCUAUUCACUUACAUCAAGCAGGAAGCUUCUAAGGUUGCUUGGUUUGAGUGCAUAGCAACUAUAGAUGAUGUUGUCCAGGGUUCUGCUUGGUAUUACAUUUCCUGCGAUGGAUGUAAUAGCAAGGCUGUCAAAGGGCCUACUUCUAUGAUUUGCAACAAUAAGAAGUGUGGGAAGAGAGAAGUCACAGGAGUGCCACAGUACCUCACGAGGCUUUCUGUGUAUGAUAAGAAAGAGCAAGCAGUGUUUGUCAUUCUUGGUGAUGCUGGCAAGGAGUUAACUGGGAAACAUGCAGCGGAAUUAGUUGCUAAGUACUUUGAGGCUAACGAUGGAGUAGGAGCUGAACACUGCGUCCCGGUUCCACAGGCUUUGCUUGAUACAAUAGGGCAGACGCGCAAGUUUAUUGUUAAAGUUUCGGAUCAUAAUCUGAAAGGCAAGAUUCAGUCCAUAACUGUCACCAAGAUUCUCCCACUAGAAGCUCCACUUCCAUCAGUUGUAGGUGAGGAAUCUGGUUCUUCCGGAGGCUUAGGAGAUACUGCAGGUGAUAGGGCUAGGAAAGCCGCUGAGACCCUUGAGUCAGAUGCAGCAAAGCGUUCAAAGAGUGGCUAAUAUGGUUUCAGCUUAUUUUCUUGCUGCAGUUCAGGUCGUGUUUUUUUAAGUUUCCCUAAUGCCUUUGUGUUCUUUUCAUUACAAACUUCAGGCUUUUGACAUUUUCUGUUUAAGUUUUUUUAAUACAAUUUCCAUUAUAUGGUUUUAUCUUAUCCUUAUGAGCAUUUUACUUAUUGCAUUAUGAUCUUUCCAUAGGUAGCGUUAUAAUCUUUCGAAAGAAAUCGCUUUGGUUUGAAUAUAGUAAUGAUCUGAAAGAAAUCGCUCUGGUCAUUUAAUUUGUGAACUUUGGUCCGGGAGCAUUAAAUUUAAAUUUAUAUGAAAUUAUUACACAAUCCCGAAUUUACAUCAAUCUUAGUGUGAAAAGGAAAGUUAAUAUUCUUCACAAAUGUUUCUUUUAAAAUAAGUAAUGUCCCAAAAACCUAGCUUCUUGCCGAAUCCAACAGACGCUCUCUACCAUCUUCUCACGACCAUCCUCCAGAGACUCCGUAUACGUAUACUGAUAUACCUAAUCUAUAGUGAGUUGGUUAUAGAAUCGCUGCACAAGUCAGGAAUGUAUAACACACCCUCCGAUGAACCCAUAGCACUUGAAGGUAAACAAUUCAUCUACUCUUCUUUCUCUGAAAAGUCCAAUCAAAAUGAAACCAUGGUUAGAUUACGUAUAAUACAAAACAGAGAGAGAGUAUAUGAAUAGUUAAAUCUAAAAAAAAAAUAUAUGUGAAUAAUACUAAGAAUGAGUAUUGAAUAUGCUAUGUCGCUCUUGAAAACUGUAAAUUGUAAACAUCAAAGUAACUUUAUUAUUCGUUACUUUUAAGCUAGCCUCUACUCCUAAGUUUUUAUAAUUGUUUGAAUCAUUUUGUGGUGUUAUUAUCAUGGUUGCAAAACGUUAAACAAACCCUUUAUUUAUUAAUAUUGGCUGGACAAUUACAUAAAGAAGAAUUAUAGACUAAAUAUAAAAAAAAUACUGAGAAAGACUGCAAACCUAAGUUCAAAAAAAAAAAAAGACUGCAAACCUAAUGUUUUAAAUGUAUAAUUUAUAUUUUAGUGUUAUAUAUUGUGUAACUCUAAGAUACUAUUUUAAAAUAAUUUCAGGCUCUCUAUCUCGAAAAAGUACUAUGUCUCUCUUCCCCGAUAAGUUCACCAUCUUAUCUAUGAUUUCAGUUCUUUUUUUUGUUUAAAUCUUUAGUAUCUGCACUUAAUAAUAUGAUAAUCGCUUUAUCAAUGCGCUGUUUUUACUGCGUUUUUAUAUUUGAUAUCAGUCAAAAGAAUCAAUAUUUUGUCAUAAAUAUAAUAUGCAUGAGGAAAUAAUAUUUUCAAAUAAUCCACUUAACAAUACUUAUAAGGUUUGUGUAAUCAUUUUAAAACCAUUGUUAACCAGUUUUAUUAGCACCGUUAGUAAGAGGCCAUUUGUUUAAAUGGACACGCCUCAGCAUAAACACCAUUUUCAUGAAAGCAAAAUUAUUUAAAAUAUCCUGUUCGUUUAAAAAAAUGUAAUAUAUGUUAAAAGCAAAUUAUUUUGAAUGCUUUUAUUUUUAUAAACUAUUCCCUCUGUUUUUAAAAAAUGCAUAUUCUAGAUUUUUCACAUAUAUUAAGAAAACUCAUUAAAUAUGCAAUGUUUUUUGUGAAUAACAAUUUUCCAUAACUUUAAGCCAAUAGAAUUUCAAUAAACACCAUUAAUUUUUUUGAAACUUACAAUUUUUCAUAAAAUCAUACAUUGAAAAAGUAAAAAAUAUAUCUUUUUAAAACACAUUUUUUUUCCAGAACAUACAUUUUUUAGGAACGGAUGGAGUAUACGGUACUGAAAAAUAAAAGGUAAACUUAGUCCUAUUAAAAACAAUCAAACUUUAAAGUAGGAGCUUCAUAGCUCAAACAGACGUAACUUUAAAUUCUAAAUAUAUUCAUGUCCCACCAAAUUAUAUAUUAUUUUUAAUUUAUGUAUAAGCUCACCCAACCAUUUUUAUUAGUUAUUUUUCUUUACAUAAUAAAAGAGUUACAAUACAAUUUCACCAGAAUCUACUAUCUCAAAUUUAAGAUACACAAGUUUAGUUCAAUUUAUUAAUAUUAUAGAUUUAAUUACAUUUUAAGCAAAUUUAUCAUUGUAUUUUUUUAAAUCUCUACUUCUCUAAAACUCAAUUUCUGUCUUUCAAACUUUGCUAAACAAUUUAAAUAUAUAGAGAAUAAAUUAAAAAGACAUAAUCCGCGCGUAGCGCGGACAAUCGAUCUAGUGACUAUAAUUUUUCCUAGAUCCGCCAUUCUCCACAUGACUAGUGCAUUUGUCUCUCUCAUUCCUACUAACUAGGAUAAGACCUGCGCCUUGCGCAGGGUGAAUUUAUUAGUAUAUAUUAUCGAUAGUUUCUUUUAUACAUUUGAUCAUUUUAUUUAUAUAUAUAAAAUAUUUAUUGUUGUUAUUAUAUAAUUUCUUUCCAAUGAAUCAGAUCAAUUUUUAUAAAAAAUAAUGGAACAAAAGUAUAAUUAAUACAUCAUGAGUUGAUCGGAUUGGACAUUAAACAAAUUAUGAUUUAAAACCUUAUUUUUUUCAUCGAACACAUUCUUGAAAAAAGUGAACAGUAUUGUUUUCACAGUUGAAUUAUUUAGUAUUGUUUUCACAGUUGAAUUAUUUUGACUUUUAUCUUCUAUAUGGUUUUGAAAACUUUCAAAUCAACCAUCGAAUUGAUACAUGUCAUUUUAAUGUUUUUAGUCGUAUACUUACGGAAAACUUACAUUAAUUUAAAAUCGUUUAAAAAAAAUCAAAAUAUAACAUAUAAGAAAAAAUCUAACAUAAAAGAAAAAUAUAACAUAUAAGGUGUCCUCAUUUUUGUAUUUUAAAUUCGUUUAAAAAAAAAAUAACAUAUAAGGUUUCCUCAUUUUUAUAAUUUAAAGUCAUUUUAAGAAAUUCAAAAUAUAACAUAUAAGAAAAAAUCUAAUUUUUUUAUUAUAUGGUUAAUGUGAUUGUUUAUUUUUUUUAAUAAUAUAAAAUUAAACAAAAUGAAGAAGGAUGCAAAAAUUGUUAUCAAAUCUUUAUUAUUCAUAAUCAUUAAUUUCCAUAUAUAUGUAAAUAAUAUUAGGUAAUUUAGUAGCAUUUAUUUAGGGAAAGAAAACACACAUCUUAUAUUUUAGGUUAAUAUAAUGUUCUCUAGUGGACAUUAAACAAAUUAUGACAUAAAAACCUUAUUUUUCCCCUCGAACACAUUCUUGAAAAAGUAAACAGUAUUGUUUUCAUAUUUGAAUUAUUUUGACUUUUAUCUUACAUAUGGUUUUGAAAACUUUCAAAUCAACCAGCAAACUGAUACAUGUCAUUUCAAUGUUUUUAGUGGUAUACUUAAGAAAAACUUACUUUUUUGUAAUUUAAAGUCGUUUUAAAAAAUUCAAAAUAUAACAUAUAAGAAAAAUAUAACAUAUAA